CUCAGCCUGUCUGGUCUGGGCUGGAGGACGCGCGCCGGUCCCCCUCCCCCAUGUGACAGUCCACCUCCAAUACCAUUGCCCUCGAAUUUUCCCUCUCUCCCCGAUUCCUGCUGCUCCCAGAUCGUGUGAAACCCAGGGCACCCUCGAGGACGACGCGGUGUCCCAGUGCCAUCCUCUCGUUUGGUCUUCUUGCGCUGCUUUAAGCCCAGCUAGUAGUACACAUCUGUGUGCUUUCCGUUCUUUUACCCUUUUGCAUGCCAAUAUGGCCCAGAUGCUCCUGACGGCCAUCCUCACUCUGGCAGUCGCCUCGGCGAGGGCAGCCUCGAUCGCCUAUGUGACGGACCUCCCUCUGUACAGCGCUCUUGCACCCUGUGCGCAGUCCGCCCUGAAGUAUGGCGUCCAGACACAGACAUACUCGGCAUGCCCCGAAGACGCCACGGCACUCCAGUCUUGCGUCUGCACCAAGAACAACAACCUUGCCUCGAUCAAGUCCAAGGUCUCCGUGUCCAUCAGCUACUCGUGCGGAUCGACGGCGAGCGACGACCAGGCUUCCGCACAGACUGUCCUCAGCGCCUAUUGCAACCCUGAUGCAACAGUCACCUUCCAGUCCCCGACUGCUGUCACCGACUACAUCACAGAUAUCCCCGAGUUUGGCUACCUCGCACCAUGUGCCCAGAGUGCGCUCCGUCAUGCGGUUGGGACGGUGACCUGGGACUCUUGCCCGACGGAUGCUCCCGGCCUCGCGAGCUGUGCUUGCUUCAAGAACCAGAACUCGCUCGUGAUCAGCCAGUUGAUCAACAGCGAGGCAAAGCAGUCUUGCUCCGGGCACACAGUGGACAUCUCGUCGGCACAAGCCAUGUUCGCCGCCUACUGCCUCAUGAACAAUGGCACGACGAGUUUCCCCGUGCCCACAAACCCUCCGGGAGACAUGACGUACUACAUCACGGAUCUGCCGCAGUUCAGUUCGCUUGCUCCGUGCGCGGCAUCGGGACUGAGCUAUGCCAUUCAAUCACAAACGUACCGCUUGUGCGCCGAGGGGCCGCAGGCUCUGGCCUCCUGCGUGUGCCUCAAAGACACCAGCAUGACGAAUGAGAUGCUGAAGAGCAUUACUUCGUCCGUCAAGUACAGCUGUGACGCAACUGCCAGCGAAGAUGUGUCGUCUGCCGUUGCCGUCUACAACAUGUACUGCGACGCGGCAGCGGCGAAAGUGACUGCCGCCGGUGUGACGAACUCGGUGGAGCAGUCGUACCCUGCGAGCCGCGCCCCAGCUGGCCCUAAUCAGACGGGCGGCAGCGGGACUGGGACUGGGAGUGGAAGCGGUAGCGGAAGCGGAAGCGGGAACGGAGGCUCCAACGGCGACGGGUCUGCAGGCUCGGCGGAAGGCAACAGCACCUCGGGUUCAAGCGGCCCCAGCACCGGCGCCAUUGUUGGCGGUGUUGUUGGUGGCAUCGGUGGCCUCGCCUUGCUGGGAGCCCUCAUCUUCUUCGUCAUGAAGCGUGUGAGGAAGGGCAAGUCGGGUGCUUUGCCGGUUCCGGACACGGCGAAUCCGGCGAACCGACCGCCGGGCGGCCCUGUUGGCUUCGGCGGCAAGGCGGAACUGCCCAGCGACUCGGCCGCCGCCUCGCCACCACCACCGAGCCCGUCUCCGAGCACGCUCAAGGUCGGCGCUGUCCCUGCGCGCGGCGAUACAGUUUCGCCCGUCUCGGACAACACCAGCAGCGCCAAGUCGCCACCGAACCAAGCCGAGCUGAGCGGCCAGUCAACAUUGUAUCCUCCCAUGCCUAACCGGCCUGAGCUGCUCGGCCAAUCCGCAGCAGCCCCGCCUCCGCCGUCGCCAAACGCAUCCGAACUCUACGGCCAGGGCUCCCCGUCGCCCAACCGGCCCGAACUCCAAGGGCAAGGCGCCAUGUAUCCUCCACCGCCGCCGAACAUGUCCGAGCUGCAGGGGCAGGGGUCGCAGUUCCAGCAUCCGGACCCGAAUCGGCCGGAACUGGCCGGGCAGUACAGCUAUCCGUCGCCGCAGUCGCCUCCCGUGUAUCCGUCUCCCGUUCCUUCUCCUCAACCCCAGCAGAUGCAAGCCCACCAACAAGUCUAUCAUCAUCCGGGCACGCCGCCCGUCGGUGGGCCUGCUAUGUAUGGGCAGCCGCACCCGCAGGCAUCAUGGCAAGCGGGACCGGUGCCGGGGUAUCACGAGAUGGACGCCAGCGGGCCUGGCGUGCCGUCGCAAAGGUGACCCGGGUAGAGAGAUACUGAGGAGGAGGUGCGUUGGGUGCAAGGAUGGAGUGUACAAUACAAUCUGUGAUUGCACAGGGGGUUAGGCGUUAUUAGUGUGUAACUUCCGUACUGUCACU